AUGAAUGCAGCAGCUAGAAGACAAGACCAGUCUGUCUCAAAGGAUGCUGAUCGGGAGUAUGAAAUGGAAAAAGAAAAUGAACUUGACGAACUUGAUUCAGACUUUAUUGAUACUGAAGACGAAAAUUGUACCGAUGGACAAGAACUUGAACGACAGAAGAAAUCCAAGAGAAAAAGGAAACCUGAAAAUAUUCAUUGGGCUAGGGAAAAGACAAAACGUAACGGAAUGGAAGGCAAGGAUUAUCUAGGAUAUAGUCGAAGCAAAACUGGUCAAAUACUAUACAAUAGCGAAACGCAAUGCAGAAGCUUAGGUCCAGCUUGCUCCUCCAUGAAGUGCUUGAAAUACAAAAAGAGACACUGUAAUAUUAUAACUCAUGAAGAGCGCUUGUCGAUUUUUAAAAAAUUUUGGACCGAUAUGUCUUGGGAGCAAAAACAGAUAGAUAUAUGUAGCAAGUUUGAUGGAAAAGAGAGAAACCAGAAGGAAAUAUGUGAAGUUUCACAAUCGGGAAAUUGA